AUGGGCCGACAGGCUGAGCAGCUGGACUUUGACUCCCCUGCUGAGGCCUUUUCUGUUUCCAUGGUGGAGGUCCCUCCCCCUGUUUGUGAACCUCGUGAUUCUGUCAUCUGCCUGCCCCUCACCCAGCCUAACCCCUCUGAACCGGGAGCCCGAGCUGCACUGACUGCUCCCCGCUGCCCCUGGAUGGCCUGGACCAAGCAGCAGCUCCCAGAAGAGGCAGGCGUUCCUCAGAGUCACAGGGAAUGGCGGUGCCUGGACUGGGACUCAGCCCAGCUGCUUGGCUUGACCCUCUCAGAGCAUAGCUUCCCGGCACCUGAAGCUGCCCAGUGCCCCUGGCGUCUCCAUGGCCUGCCUGAGCCCUCACAGCUCCAGAAGUUCCAACAGGAUGGAUUCCUGGUGCUGGAAGGAUUCUUGUCUGCAGAAGAGUGUGUGGCCAUGCAACAGAGGAUUGGCGAGAUAGUGGCUGAAAUGGAUGUUCCUCUCCACUGCCGCACAGAAUUCUCCACCCAGGAAGAGGAGCAGCUUCGAGCCCAGGGCAGCACAGACUAUUUCUUGAGCAGUGGUGACAAGAUUCGAUUCUUCUUUGAGAAAGGCGUUUUUGACAAGAAAGGAAAUUUCCUGGUCCCUCCGGAGAAAUCCGUCAACAAAAUUGGCCACGCUCUGCACGCCCACGACCCUGUCUUCAAGAGCAUCACGCACUCCCCCAAGGUGCAGACCUUGGCCAGAAGUCUGGGCCUCCAGAUGCCCGUGGUGGUGCAGAGCAUGUACAUCUUUAAGCAACCUCACUUUGGCGGUGAAGUCUCCCCUCAUCAGGACGCCUCCUUCCUGUACACGGAGCCCCUGGGCCGGGUGCUGGGCGUAUGGAUCGCAGUGGAGGACGCCACGCUGGAGAACGGCUGUCUCUGGUUCAUCCCUGGCUCCCACACCAGUGGCGUGUCAAGAAGGAUGGUCCGGGCCCCUGUUGGCUCAGUGCCUGGCACCAGCUUCCUCGGGUCAGAGCCAGCCCGGGAUAACAGCCUCUUUGUGCCCACCCCAGUGCAGAGAGGGGCCCUGGUCCUCAUCCAUGGAGAAGUGGUGCACAAGAGCAAGCUGAACCUCUCUGACCACUCGCGCCAGGCCUACACUUUCCACCUCAUGGAGGCCUCUGGUACCACCUGGAGCCCAGAGAACUGGCUCCAGCCAACAGCUGAACUGCCCUUUCCCCCACUGUACACCUAAAGGCUUUCACAGGGCAGGAGCCUGGGCCCCUCCCGGGUGAAGCUGUGGGCUGCAAACACCAGCGUCUUGCUCAGCCUCUUGGUUGCAACAGGGAGGUCUUGUCUCCCCUCCUGGGCUUUCCUCCUGCCCUGUGGGCAGCCGCCUGGGCUGGGUCAGGAGCUUCCCUAAGAUCUUCAUCUGUCUGCCUCCCUACUGCCCCAACAUAGCCUCGAGGAGGCUUCUCAGCCAUCAAAGGGUUCUGGCCCCUUCUCACUUUCCUCUCCUCUCAGAUGGAACUCUGCUUAUUAUGGUGUUAGUUAUUGAAUAAAAAUGACUUCAGAAUGCA